GUGGCCUUCCGGGUUCCCGUUCCAUCGAAGCUCAUCUAUCGACCGACCGACAACCUACAACGCCCCGAGUCUCCCGACUUCGCGAUCGUCCGACCGACCGACCACUCGAGCAUGCCAUUGGUAGACCACGUGACAAUGUCGUCGCCAAUGAAGGCCGCCUCCGACGCGGGCAAGUCGAAAGACGGACUGCACCCGGUCCACGCCCUCUCGAGCCCUGCCGCGCAGCUUGUCCGACACGUCCAGCCGGUGCUCCUAUCUGGCCUCUUCGUUGCGCAAUUUGGCUCGCUGGUCGCCGACCCCGUGCGGACUCUCACAAAUUCCCUGCCGAUCGUUGCCGUGAUACAAAUCGUCUACGCGUUCGUCUGCCUGCCCGCCGCCGGUUCGCAAGCGUCAAAGGGUGUACGCAAGCCCCGGCCCGGCGAGAAGAAGAAGGUUGAGAGCACGGGGCCGAACCCCUUCAUCGCUAUCUUCCUCUCCGUCCUCCUCGCCGCCCUGAUCACGCCCGCCCUGCAUAUCGUGCUCGUUCUUUUCGGCGCUCCCUUCCUAACACACGUCCCGCACACCCUCCUCUGCUCCGCCAACGUCUCCCUCCUCUCGCUCUUCCCACUAUUCUAUGUCCACGGUGUCGAGGCCAGCACAUGGGCGUCCAUCGCCAGCGCGGCCGCGCCGCUGGACGAGGCAUACGGCGGUCUGAUCGGAGGUCUGCUGGGCGCGUGGCUCGGCGCGGUGCCAAUCCCCCUGGACUGGGACCGUGACUGGCAAAAGUGGCCCGUUACGAUUCUGUGUGGCCUCUACGCUGGCUACGUCCUGGGCAAGACCAUUGGCGGCACAUUGGCUGAGCGUGCCGAGGCGGUCAACAAUCUGAACUGGCAAAUCGGCAGCGCGCUGCAAGUCAGCGACAACAGUUCCGCCGACUGCCUGACUCGUCGAUAA